AUGGGUGUGGAGGUCGUCUCCGGCGGGGGUGUGGAGGCGGUGGCGCCGGCGAAGGAGGUGAGCGUGGCGGUGGCGCCGGGCGCGGCUGCGGUCGCCAAGAACACGUCGUUCCGGGAGGAGAGCAACCGCCUGGGCGACCUCAAGGAUGGUGAGAGGAAGGCGCUUGCCGAGCUCCGCGCCAAGGUCGAGGAGGCCAUCGUGGAGGGCAAGCUGUUCGACCUUGAGGACAGCGCCACCGCCGCCACCGGCAGCAAGGUGAAGGUGGAGAAGAAGAAGAAGGAGAAGAAGGAGGGGAAGAAGAAGAAGGAGAAGGUGGCGGCGGAGAAGAAGGCAGAGGGGGACGUCAAGGUGGAGGCGGCGGCGGCGGUGACCGAGGAGAAGAAGACGGAGGAGGAAGCCAAGGAGGAGGUGGAAGUAGUUGAAGAGAAUAAAGCAGAGGAAGCCAAGGUCGCCGAGCCGGCCGAGGAGAAGAAAGAGGAGGCCGAGGAGAAGAAGGACGAGGAGGAGGAGGCGGCCGCGGCGGAGGACGCCGGCGAGGCCGAGAAGGCAGCCCAGGCGGCGGCAGUCAUCAUCGACAAGGACGUGGCGCUGUGGGGCGUGCCGCUGCUGCCGAGCAAGGGCGACGAGGCAACGGACGUGGUCCUCCUCAAGUUCCUCCGCGCGCGCGACUUCAAGGCGGGCGCCGCCUUCGAGAUGCUCCGCAGGACCCUCCGCUGGCGCCGGGACUGGAACCACCUCGCCACCACCUCCUCCUCUGACGACGCCGUGCCGGAGGGCGCGUGCCGCCUGGACGGCGCGGACCGGGAGGGCCACCCGGUGUGCUACAACGCGCUCGGCGUCUUCGCGGACGAGGCGGUCUACAGGGCGGCCCUCGGGGACGGCGAGGGCAGGGCGCGGUUCCUCCGCUGGCGGGUCAGCGCCAUGGAGAGCCAUGUUGCCCAGCUCGACUUCGCGCCCGGCGGCGCCGCGUCGCUGCUGCAGGUGACCGACCUCAAGGGCUCGCCGGGGCCGGCCAGGAAGGACUUCCGCGUCGCCGUCCGGCAGGUCGUCGACCUCUUCCAGGACAACUACCCCGAGCUCGUCGCCAGAAACAUUCUGAUCAACGUGCCGUUCUCGUACUACGCGUUCAGCACCCUCUUCUACCCGUUCCUCACGCAGAGGACCAAGAGCAAGUUCGUCGUCGCCCGCCCAUCCAAGGUCACCGAGACACUCCUCAAGUACAUUCCGAUCGAGGCCAUCCCGGUGAAGUACGGCGGGCUGAAGCGCGAUGGCGACACCGAGUUCUCCGCCGAGGACGCCGAGAUCGCCGAGGUCGUCGUCAAGGCGAGCUCCACCGAGACCAUCGAGAUCGAGGCCACCGAGGGCGACACCACGCUGACAUGGGACCUGACGGUGCUGGGCUGGGAGGUGAGCUACAAGGAGGAGUUCGUGCCCAGCGACGAGGGCUCCUACACCAUCGUCGUCAGCAAGGGCAGGAAGAUGGGCGCCGCCGAGGAGGCGGUGCGCAACUCGUUCCGCGCCGGCGAGCCCGGGAAGGUGGUGAUCACCGUGGAGAACGCGACGCGCGGGAAGAAGAAGGUGAUGUUCAGGCACAAGGCCAAGAGCUCCUCCGCCAAGAAGUGCUGAGCGAGGAAUGGAGAUUUGAGGGGUUUGGCAAUGUGAUGGGUGAAUUCUUUGGAGGCUGAGAUUUGGGGGUGUGUGUGUUGUGGAUUCUAUCAAUUCUUUUGUGCAAGAGAAAUUGUUUAUGGUU